UUAUUAAAACGCGCACGGAGUCGGCGUCUUUUUGCUAUUUUUUCAUUAAUUGCUACGGAAGGAAAUAGCAGUUGUGAAUAUAAAGGACUGAAUUCAAAAAGCUGGUUUAGUAACCGAGUUAUUACCGUUUAUUAUGGAGAUGUUGCUGUGGGUCCUUGCCGGGCUCCUCCUGCUCUUCAGCAGCCUGGAUGUGUGGUACUUCCUGCGGGCAGUGGUGGUCGUGCUGCGGGCCUGGCUCCAGGGCCCCGUUUGGGACGUCCUGGCCGAGCAGAGCAUGCUGGGGCGAGUGCUGCCCCACGACAUGGACUACCUGGGUCACAUGAACAACGGGCGCUACCUGCGGGAAUGUGACUUUGCCCGGUUCGCCCUCUACACCCGCAAUGGGCUUUUCAAGGCCACACGGGCGCUGGGGGGCAAUAUGGUGGUGGGCGCAUCCACCAUCCGCUACCGACGCUCCCUGGGGCUCGGCGAGGCCUUCGAGCUACGCAGCCGCAUCGUGGCCUGGGAUGACAAGUCCUUCUACUUGGAGCAGCGCUUUGUCUCCUGCAGCGAUGGCUUUGUUUCUGCGAUCAUGCUCUGCAGGCAGAAUGUGUUGCGUAGCAGCCCAGACAAGAUUCUUCAGUUUCUGUGCAAGAAGAAGGUCGAGUGUCCCGAGUAUCCGGAGGAGCUCAAGCACUGGAUCAGUUUCAUCACGGCCAGCAGCCAGGCGCUGAGGGCUGAGAGCAGCGUGGAGGACAAGAGCAAGUGAGGGGAGAUUCCUCGUCUCUCCUCCUCCACACAUAGGCACACACUUUACAUAAAAUUACAGGGUUACACUUGUGUGUGAUCCACUCUUAUGCUGUUAUCAAAAAUGAGCUAAAGAGCCACAGGUUGGCUGCAUGGAAGUUUCUAGAAGACACAUUUCAACAGUUCUCCAAAACCGCGAUGUAUCUGACCUAUGUCCUCUUUCCCAGAAACAUGAAUAUGUAGUUUUAAAAUCCAUGCCUCCCAAAGAACAACCGGAUUACAGUAGUCCCAGUAGGGAAAAUUUCUUAGAAAUGUUGUUGUAGGGUUAAUAACACCAGAUAGGACAAAUGAAAUCACUUAGAAUUAUUAUGAUGUAGACUUCAACUUCUGUUUGCCUAACAGAAGUAUGUAUUCUGACCUGUACGAUCUUGUGCCAAGUGCAUAAAGACAUUCUCCUGCUACUGUCCAUUAACGUUAUUUAUGGGAAGCUUAUUUAUAUGGCACGUAUUUCACUAUACUGAGCUGUUUUAUGACUGUAUGAAUGGCAUGGCAUUGCUUAAUUUGAUAUUUAUUGAAUGAAUGUCAUUGAAAGAAUGGCUUUAGAUGUUUUUUAUUACAGUUUAGCUCUCCUUAGUGAAACCAAAUACCCAGAAAGCAUGGAUUUCUGUAUAACAAGAUUUUGAGAUGCACAAUAAGGGAAUAUGGGGUUAUUGUGGAUAUUUUUGUAAUGCACUGUACAAGAAUAUGCUAGCAUGCUUUAACUGUAAAAGCCUCUUUCCAGAACAUGCUUGGGGCUCUGGCUGUUGACCAGCGUAGCUGAGGUGAGAAGAAUUGCCUGGUGAGGUGCUGAAUUACCUCAUAUUUUGUACUGGCUGGAUAAUUUCAUUAAUCACUACAGCCCAGUGACUGAUUAUUCCAUACUGACAAAGCCACUUUGAUUAGAGGCAUAAACAAACCAAGAAGUGUAUUAAAGUUUUUCGUUAACUGUAUGUAAUGUGGUUUUCCAGAUGGACAUGUGCAUAUAAAACUGCAUAAAACAAAAUUCAGGAUUUACUUAUUAUGCUGCAAUUUAAAGUGAUCUUUAAUUACUGUUCUGUGGCACUUACAGCCACUUUAAAAAAAAAAAAAAAGGAUUUUACUUUGUACUGUAUGAGUAAAGGGACCCAGAAUAGUGACAAAUGAGGUCAGAUGUUGAACUGACACCUUCCUGGAGCGCAUGCGAUUCCCUUCUUGUGGCCCAGGAGUUGUGGACAUUCCAAGUCCUAUCUCUGCAUAUUAAUUUAACAGGGUUGUUUUGGAAAAGGGAUUGCAGGUUGUCUAAAUUUAAUGUGUGAAACAAAUAUUCCAUGAUUGGUAUCAGUUUGCUACAUUAUGUACUGUAUGUAGGUUGCAAGGGAAAAGGUAAAGGCUGAACUAAUCUUUAUAAACAUUGAUCUAAAUAUAUCUGCUAAAACGGGUGUUGAAUAACAUUUUGAUGCAUUGGAAAUAAAGUUCUGAAUUUGUCUUUCAAAGUAUUACAGCUUUUUUUUUUUUUUUUUUAAAACAGAGCCUAACCCACACAAAUUGAGGCACAGCUUUACGUUCGGUUUGAUCAUGUACAUCUGUUCUGUGUUGCACUAUGAUCCCGGAGAAACAACAUAUCAUUCCACUGUAUACGAGCUGUAUACAGGAA